AUGGGCGGCCCUCAGGCCCCGCCCAGCAACGCCGCCGUCGCCAGGGGGCGCCGCGUGCCGCGCCGGCGCGGGGCCCACCACUCCGCGGCGAGCGGGGGGGGACACGCGUACCUCUGCUACUUCUCCUCAGGCCGCUGUGGGCGGAACGGGGCGCGAGCGCGGUGGCGGAGAAGCGGAGAGCAGCGUCACUCGAGAGGCGGGGAUGGAGUGAAGCAAAACCGGCCGAGAAGCGAAAUCGCGGCGUGCCCCCCGCGCGGCGCGCGCUGUGGUAGCGCCCGGGGACAGGCGGGUGUGGGUGUGUGCGGCGGCGCGGCCGUUGAUUGGCGGGGCGCGCGGGGCGGGGCGGCCGGAAGUGACGGAGCGGGCGGUGGCGGAGCGGCGGAACGAGGCUGCGGCGCGGCCGGGCCGGGCCUGGGGCACCCCGGCACAGGUGAGAGCGGGGACGGCGCCGCACGGCCGGGACCCGCCGUGAUACAGCCGGGACACUGCCGCGGGGUGGCCGUGCGGGGGGCCACGCGUCCCCGGGCGGGGUGCGAGUGUGGCGGGAGCGGCUGCGCGGGGGGCCCGCCCGGCACGGGGAGAGUGGCGGAGCCGCGGGGACCGGGAGCGGUGUGGGCUGGGAGGGACCCUGGGCAGGGACACCGGGAGCCCAGCGCGCUCCGAGCCCCGGCCGAGAGCGGAGCCGGGGCACGGGUCCCUGUGCACGCCCACAUCCCCAGCUCAGGUGUUCCCUAG